UGACAGUGACAGAUGCUUGCUUUGAGGUUGCUUGCUGAUCCUUCCUAAUCAUUAUCAAUUGAUUUUCUGGCUAAACAACUAGUCAAUCGAUAUGGAACCAAAAAGUGAAGACAAGUCCGUUGAGAAAACUAUCUUUGACGCUAUCGCGCAAGGAGACUUAGAUUUGUUCAAGAAUACCUUGGCGCAACAUAAAGGGAACGUUGAUUUCUUCGACGAAAAUGGCAUGACCGCACUACAACACGCCGCUUAUAAGGGUAACAAGGACAUGGUGCAACUGUUGCUCGAUAGGGGCGCGGACGUAAAUUCUGGAAAGCACGAGUACAACUACACAGCGCUGCAUUUUGGUGCCUUAUCUGGUAAUUCCGACGUUUGUAAGCUGCUGCUUGACGCUGGUGCUAAAUCAACCGCAACUAACUCCGUGGGGCGCACAGCCUCGCAAAUGGCAGCGUUCGUAGGGAACCACCACACUGUUGCCACUAUCAACAACUUCGUGCCUCGCGCUGAAGUUUCCUACUUCUCUGUGCCUCAAGGACAGCAAACUGAAGCCUAUUUACCAUCCUUCCUGGUAGAUCCUCUUCAUAAAUUUGUCUUGGGAGUCAAUAUUCACCCUGUGCGGUUAGCCCUUAAUCUACAACAUAUACCUGGCCUUCUAGAGAAUGCUGAUAAAAUCAGCAAAGUCUUAGAACUAUUGUGCAAAAAGGAGAUGACUCGGGGCAGUGACACCAAUGAGGUCAUGGCAUUUAAGUACCACUACCUGUCAUACAUUGUGCGUGAAAUACACAACAUCAGAGACAAGCAGAAACCGGCAGCAGAUGAGAAAAAGCAUGAUAUAGUUGAAGUGUUUACUAAGAAACUCUUGAAGCCAGGAAAAGAUGGAGUAUCACUUGACCUGAUGGAUACAUUCCUUAAGGAUUGUGUUAGGGAGUUCCCAUACAGAGAGUGCACAACUUUCCACCAAAUGGUGUCCUCGUUGACAAGCAAAGACCCUCCUCCAGCAUUGUCUGUAAUCAAUUGCACUAUAAACGGGCAAAGAGGCUUUGUUGACGCUAUCCCCUACUGCAGUACAUGUGGUGAGGAGAAGCCAGCCAAAAAGUGUUCCAAAUGCAAGUCCGUGCAAUACUGCGAUAGAGAGUGCCAGCGUCUGCACUGGUUCGUUCAUAAAAAGGCCUGCAACAGAGAAUCCAGUGCUCCCACUACAACCAACGCUAAAGUAAAUAUUGAUGCUGGCGAGUUAAGUGCGGAGCUUCAAAACCUCGUAGCGGGAUAGAGUAACCGUAAAUGUAGUAAAUUAUUGUAAUGCACCAAGUCAAGUGAUUCCAGAUCAAUAAAUGUACCUAUAACUGUUAGGCGAUAAUAAUAAAUAUUUUCUUGACACAUAUUAAGCUAAGCUUGUAAUUCCCAUUUUGUUGUAUUUAAAUGUUUCUGAAAGUGAUGUGUGGUUAAUUAAAUUUAUUUACAUUACCAACAA